AUGACAAAAGGUUUUUUCGUAUUUUCUAGUUUUCUGGCAACUCAUGUGAUUUCGCCUACAUUGCCACUUGUAACUACCGACACUCGCUCUUCCCCGUCACCGGAGUCCUCCAGAAUUUCAAAAGCAGUUAUCAAGUUUCGUAAAAGGUUGGUAUCCUACACUUCAGCUGGCUUCAUAAUGAUUAGCGAAGACAAUAACCGAGACGCUGAAGUAUCAGGAGCUGUGGAUACAAACAUCCCUGAAAAUGAACAGCAGGUGACAACUGAGAUAACUGAGAGUAAGGAAACCAAAUCCCCUGUUCAAAAGAGCAGAGGAGGAUGGACCCUUGCAACUAUCUUGCUAGCGAAUCAAGGCCUAGCAACACUAGCUUUCUUUGGUGUUGGUGUGAACCUGGUUUUGUUUCUAAUCAGAGUUCUUGAUCAACAAAAUGCCGCGGCGGCAAAUAAUGUCAGCAAGUGGACUGGAACCGUUUAUUUGUUCUCUCUUGUUGGAGCAUUCCUCAGUGACUCCUAUUGGGGUCGUUUCUUAACCUGCGCAAUCUUUCAGCUCAUCCUUGUGCUGGGCUUGGGGCUAUUAUCACUGUCAUCUUGGCUCUACCUGAUCCAUCCGUCUGGUUGUGGCGAUGGAGUAACUCCUUGCAAGCCAAAAUCCACAGCGGGUGUUGUUAUCUUUUACCUAUCAAUAUAUCUAAUAGCACUUGGAUAUGGUGGGCACCAACCUACUAUAGCAACAUUUGGAGCAGACCAAUUUGAUGAGACAAAUCCCAAACAACAGUCUUCAAAAGCAGCUUUCUUCUGCUAUUUCUACUUUGCACUCAAUGUUGGGUCUCUUUUCUCCAACAGCAUCUUGGUUUAUUACGAGGACAAAGGGUUCUGGACUAUGGGGUUUCUGGUGUCAUUAGGAUCUGCUAUCGUUGGUCUGGUGUCGUAUUUGUUAGCAGCACCAAGGUACCGGUACAUAAAACCGAGUGGCAACCCUUUGCCACGUGUAGCUCAGGUAUUUGUGGCUGCAUUUAGAAAAUGGAAGGUUGUUCCAGCCAGCCCUGAGAAUCUGUAUGAGGUGGAAGGAUCAGAAUCUGCAAUCAAAGGGAGUAGAAAGAUUCUCCACAGUAAAGAGAUUGUGUUUUUGGACAAGGCAGCAACAAUAACAGAGAUGGAUCGAAGUGGCCCCAAUAAUCCAUGGAGGGUAUGCACUGUAACUCAAGUUGAGGAAGCCAAAUGCGUUCUGAAAAUGCUCCCCAUUUGGCUUUGCACCAUAAUUUACUCAGUGGUGUUCACACAAAUGGCUUCCCUUUUUGUGGAGCAAGGUGAUGUGAUGGAAUCACACAUUGGAAAUUUUCACUUCCCAGCUGCUAGCAUGUCUCUUUUCGACAUAUUCAGUGUUCUUAUCUGCACCGGGAUUUAUCGCCAAAUCGUUGUGCCUGUAUCUGGAAGAUUAAGUGGGAAUCCAAAAGGCUUAUCCGAGCUUCAAAGAAUGGGAAUAGGGCUCAUUAUUGGCUUGCUAUCAAUGGUUGCAGCUGGUGCCACAGAGGUGGCAAGGCUCAAACAUGUGCAGCCUGGUCAGAAGUUCUUCAAUGGACAAGCCCCAGAUGGAAUCAAAAGCCUUGGAAGUUCACUCUGCAUGGCCUCCAUAUCUCUUGGUAAUUAUGUUAGCAGCUUGCUGGUUACCAUCGUGAUGAUGAUUACAGCUAGAGGUGAAAACCCUGGUUGGAUCCCAAAUAAUCUGAAUGAGGGUCACCUGGACAGAUUCUACUUCCUAAUUGCAAUUCUAACAGCUUUGGACUUUGUAGUUUAUGUGUUUUGCGCUAAGAGGUACAAGGGCAUUAACCUCCAAGAGCCUGAGCAGGAAAUGGAGAGCAUUGAAGCUCCACAAGAGGAGAAUAAUGGCAGUGCAAGAAAAGAAGAGAGGAUGACCUCUGCUUUCACUCAAAUGCCUUUCUGGAAUGGUUAA